AUGGCGGCUGCGGCUGACUCUCCAGCGCGUCAGGUGCUUCAUUCUCCGAAUGGACACUCCACAGAUGGACACCCAGGUGAACAGUUAGAUGCCUCGGAGAACCACAGCUGCAGGGAGCCCUGUGCAGGUGAUUUUCGGCUGGUCGAGGAACCGCCGGAUUUCUUCCUGGCAGCAAAUCCCUCGACCAAGCAAUUGGAGGCCUUCCGAGCCUUCAGCGAAAGUGCUCGGGCGGCCAGAAAUGAAUUCUUAAUGGGCAUGAAGGCCUCCGGAAGCUGCACAGAGGCAGAAGCGGACUCCCCAGCAGACACUCGUAGCAAGUCCGCCUUCGUCAGUCGCACGCUCAGCCGACCUAGCAGCGGCAGGGAAGGGCAUUCCGCAUCUGAAACGCCAGGGGCUGCGCAACUCAAGUAUCCAGAAGGCGCUAGCCCAUCUUCCGAUGCCGAAGCUGCAGCAGCAGCACCAGGUGAUGCUUAUCCGGAGGUGCCCGAGUUAGCUGGAAGCACUCGCCUGCUGCGGUACCUUCAAGGUUUCGACUACGAUGCCACUGCCGCCAACAACGCCUAUCGACGCCACAUGAAGUGGAGAGAAGAGAUGAGUCUUAAUUCCAACAAGAGGAGAACAGUUGUGGAAUCAAUGCUGCUACCUAUGAGACCUGAGGCCUCCCCCAAGCACGCCGAUGUCACUCGAUUUUUUUCCACAAAUCCUGUACUGCGCCGUGACGGGGGACGAGCCCCAAGCUUGGACAUUUGUGCUGCAGCAGCAGCUGCAGCCAGUGCGCCUGGAGGCGGGGACAGUCUGUUGCAGGCCCUCAGUGACAAGGCGUUAGAUGCGGUGAUCUUGGAUAAGCAAGGGAACAUAAUUUCUAUAGAACGGCCAGGACUUCUUGACGUAAACGGUUUGUUCUCGGCGGUUUCAGAAGAAGAAUUUUUGGGGUGGCAUUCCGACAUUUUGGAGUUCCGCUGCAUGCUCCUUGACGUGUGGGUUUGGGACGAACUCGUCAGGAUGAGCAUGCUGUCUCGUAAGUUCAACAGAAUGGUUCGUGUAACCGCAGUUGUCGACUUGCAGGGCCUCUCCACGCGGAUUUUGAACCGACGAGCGCUCAAUUUGCUGAGGAGGACAAUUAGUUCGGCAAGUGAAAACUAUCCGGAAUCCAUUGGCACGAUGUACUUCAUCAACACUCCCCGCACGUUCUCAACUCUUUGGUCUGCCAUCCGUGGAUGGCUGCGAGAGAGGACCAUCAAUAAGAUCAAGCUCUUGAGCAGCGACGCGGAAAGUGUUUUAGUGAAAAACAUUGGGGGUUACGCCUUGCCUCCGUCUCUGGGGGGGAUCUGCACUUCUUCACUGGCAGACGUUCCUCCAUUGGAGACAGACUUAGGCCCGGGCAGCAUGAUUCUCAAUGUGGGAGCCAGGCGGUGCAACCAAGCGGUCGAGUUGAUCCCCCAAAAAUCCGUCGUGCAGUGGGCAUGGGUAGCGGAGGACUUCGACGUGGGAUUCAGCGCAAUUUGGAGGUCUCAGUCCGGAAAUGAGAGCAUUAUUGAGGAGCACCGCAAAUACCCUCCCCGCAAGCGAGUCAGCGGCGUUGUUAGCGCGGAACAAGAGGGCACUUUGAUUCUCUCAUUUGAUAACUCGUGGGGCCUGAUAUCCUCUCGGCGUGUCCGUUAUAAGAUUGAAGUAAUGCAAGCAUCGGCAGAUGCAGUCCCAGCACACAGUUGCGGAGAAGACGCGAACGUUAUAUGA